AAACAUCACACACUGCGCAGAAAACGGCCAAAAAUCGAGAAGAAACUAUUUCGGCCGUUUGGGUCUAGCCGACCUGUUUACCGCCAUUCUCCUAUUUUCUCGAUGCUGUUCGUUUCAGCAGACUAGGUCCUAGUGCCAGUUGUGGUUUUGUAGCGUAGCACACCAUCAUAGGUUGGAUCUCUGAACUUGGAGGGCGCUAAAUGCUCCACAGCCCCAACUUGGCCCAAGUGGGCAACACAGAUUGGAGAAAGGUCCUGGGCGCUAGAUAAACGUUUACCUCCUGGGACGGUCCCUAGUGUUCGGGCGUAGCUAGGUGCGUUUGUUAGCUGUCGAAGGGAGAUCGCUGGCCGGUGCCAGUUUGUGGGGUUAGCAUGGCUGCGCCUACGGACGGAGCAGAAAGCUGGGAGGCGGUCGGCGCGGUCAAUUCGCACAUGUACGCAGCAGGCAGCUCGGGAGGCAGCCACCCGCUGAAUCGCUCGGUCAGCGGCACGCCAGGUGCGCCGACGGACGCAUCUAGCGGACACAGCGGCCACAGCGGACAUGGCGCGGACGAGCCGCACAUAGUCCGAUCGACGUCGCUGUCGGAGCUCCUUCCGCGGGUGGACGGGCAGCAUAGAGUCAGAAGUGUUGCUGCUGCGACGGAUGCCCGAUCCGUACCGGGCUCCACGAUAUCGGGCGGUGGAGCUAGCGGUGGAGGAGGUGGGGCACCAGGUGAUGGAGGUAUUCAAUAUUUCGGUAUGCAACGUCGGUCCCCGUCCACUGUUAGUGUUGGUGGGUCAAGCGGAGGCAUUGCCGGUUAUUACGAUCUUGAUAUGCGCGACACGGCCUCCACCCACUCCAGUACAUCUCGCCGAACAGCCAACUCUAGCGUGUCCAGUUUUCCAACCAUGAGCAGAGAUCUGCGCAAGGAAGAAGUUUGUACAGUUUACACAUCUGCUCCAAAUCGUCGUCUCAAUUGCGUGCUCUGCUCCAAAGUCUACAAGGAUCCGGUUAUCACAACUUGUGGGCAUACGUUCUGCCGUCGCUGCUGCAACAAACCCAGCGAGCGAUGCCCGAUAGACAACUGUCCCGUCUCUAUAGUAGUAGCAAAUUUAGCGGUAUCCGAUCAAAUAGCGGAACUAAUGAUUCACUGCAAGUAUGGAUGCAAGCAGGUGGAGGGUAGUCCAGAGGAGUGGAAAGUCGACCCGGAAGGCUGCCCUGUCACUAUAAAACUCUCACAACGAAGGACACACGAGCAAACGUGUGAGUACGCUCAGGUGCGCUGUCCGAACAGUGAGAACUGUCCCGUGGUGCUGAGAAAGAAUCUCGAUGAGCAUCUUCGAGUGUGCGAGCAGAAAGCAUGUCCACACGCCAAGUACAAUUGUCCGUUCCGCGGCACUCAGGACCAGGUGCGGGAGCACUUACAAACGUGUCGCUUUGAAAUGCUGAAGGACUUCCUCAGCGAGGUACACGAGAAGAUCUCGCGCCUUCAGCGGCAAGUCCGGCAGAAGGAUGAGGAAAUCACGUUCCUGCGCACUAUGCUGGCAAAUGUUUCGGACCGUCUGAACAUGCUCGAGAAGAACUACGAGUUCAGGAUGGAGCGUCUUGACGAAGCGCAAGCCAAGCUGCAGCGUGAAGUAACCGACUAUAAAAGCCACACGAACAUUCUAUCGAAUGAGGUGUCAACGAUAGCUUCAAGAACUGGAAUGGCACGCGAUGUACAGCCGUUCAAGUGCGUGGGCACGUUUGUCGGUCACGAAGGCCCAGUCUGGUCACUGUGCACAAGCGGUGAUUUGCUGUACAGCGGCUCUUCGGACAACUCGAUCAAGGUUUGGGGACCAGUUCCGACCGUAUGGGAUCCCAACUCAUCGUACCGCUGUCAGCGUACACUGAGCGGACACACUGGCAUUGUCCUGGCUCUCACUACAUGGAAUGACUUUCUCUACAGCGGUGGAGCCGAUAAUACCAUUCGGAUCUGGCGGCUGGACAACUUUGCGCAGGAAGCUACAUUGCAUGCACACGACAACCCGGUGUGCACGCUGGCUGCAUCUCGGGGCAUGCUCUUCAGUGGAUCACUCAAGAUUAUCCGGGUAUGGGAUACUAGCCAGCAUACGAUGGUGAGGGAGUUAGCUGGACAGAACCACUGGGUCCGAGCCCUGGUGGCCACCGAUCGUUACCUCUACGCUGGCUCAUAUCAAUCCAUCAAGGUUUGGGACUUGGAAACGUUUGAUACUGUACAGAUGGUUGAUGUGAGCGGUGGCAGUGUCUACAGCCUGCAAGUCACCAACGAACUGCUCAUCUGUGGGACCUAUGAGAACAGUAUCCAUAUCUGGUCACUGAGCAACCUUGAACAAACACAGAAGACAACACUAACAGGCCAUGCUGGUACGGUAUAUGCCCUGGUUGUCGUGGAGUCUGGUGGCCAGCAACGGCUGUUCAGUGCUAGCUACGAUCGCACCAUCCGGGUGUGGAACUUGGACUCUAUGACGUGCAUGCAGACAUUGAUCCGCCACCAGGGCAG